AUGAAGCGUGACAAGACCAUGCUGAGGCAGAGCUGGGGAUUCGGAGUGGCGCUGGCGGACGUCCGCCAGUUCGAGGUGCAGAUGCGGCAAAUUGUGAAGAAGCACUAUCGCGCCAACCGCCAAGGCGAGCGCAAUGGGGUCAAGAAGUGCUGCGCCAUGUGCAUCCAGCUAAAGGAGGAGAUGAACGCAUGGUCGGCAGUAAAUCGCUGGAGUGCCAUCAGUCCGGCUCACAAGGAGCGCAAGUGCGAUACCGUCAAAAACUUCUUCGAGAAACUCUUCGCCAUGCUGGGCAAGCACGCGCAGUGGAUGCACGAAUGUGAAUCUCUGCGCGAGAUUCUCCGCGCGGCGGAGGGGCUGAGCGAGAUGCAAUACCCGCACGAUGCUGACGCGGUCGAUGUUAUCCGUUCACUGCGUCGCGUUGACAUGAGUGACGGACAACAAGACACGGACUGUACGAUCUGCAUGUCCAAGAUCGACAGUCUCCCGGUUGAAUCGGCGGAACACGGACGCGCGUGCGGAGUGGAGCUACCCUGCGGGCAUCGCUUCCAUGAUACGUGCAUCUGCAUGUGGCUUCACACUCGUUUAGACUGCCCUGUGUGUCGAGGACACAUAUCGGCUCCUGCUAACCCCGCUCUCUCCUCAUCGAAGCGGGUAUUGUAA